AUGCAGAUAUUUGUUUUGAAGAAGAAUCCAAGGGCUCGCGGAUUUGAAUACUGGUUUGGUGGCAUUGAUCUCAAUGCAACUCCUGAAGCUAGUACAUCAACUGAUCAACAUGCUGGGCAGCCGCCAGAAGUCGGAGGCCAUCGUGUCGAUCCCCAAGGAGAUGAAGCAGGUCCUUCGAACAAUGAUCAGCAAGCUGAUUCGCGUGCACGGACUGGUGUUACACUUUCCAGUGAGGAAAGCGAUGGUGAAGCUGAGGUUGAGUCAACGCCUGAAGGAUAUGUUCCAAAGGUUCCAUUUGUUGGCAUGAUGUUUGACACACCUGAACUAGCUUUGCAGCACUACAACAGAUAUGCUCACCACGUUGGUUUUUCAUUGAAGAUAGAAUCAUCUAGGAGAUGUGCUAAAGAUGGUGAGCUAGAUAAAUUUGUUUAUGUCUACAACAAAUCUGGGAAGCAUAGAGAAGAAGAAGCAGUCCCAGUUAAGCAGAGGAAUCGUAAGCUAACUGUGCUGACCGACUGCAAAGCAAAGCUUCGAGUAAAACGUGAUGGUGCUAGAUGGAAAGUUACUCAGUUUGUUGAGGUGCAUACACAUGAGGAAGAAUCAUGGAAAUCAUGGGGGAGCUAUAUGGGAGCAAGCGAAUGUCCCAUACAACAACAGAAACAGUUAGUAACUACACUCGCAAAACUAGGGAACUAUGACAGGAUUAAAGAUAUCCCAGAGCUGCUAGAGUACUUUGAAGAAAUCAAGAAAGAUGAUCCCAGAUUUUUCUACAAGUUCAAGCUAGAUGCAGAAAAUAAAGUGGAGAACCUGUUCUGGGUGGAUAGCAAAGCAAGAGAUGUCUACCCCCUGUACAAUGAUUGUAUUUCUUUUGAUACAACAUUCAUGACAAACCAGUACAGCAUGCCAUGUGCUCCUUUCAUUGGAAUAAAUAGAUAUGGUCAAUCCAUCCAGCUUGGUUGUGGUUUUGUGAGGAAUGAAUCUUCUGUGAAUUUUGUGUGGUUGUUUGAGCGGUUUUUAGAGGCAAUGGAUGGACUACAUCCAUUGAACAUCAUUACUGAUCAAGAUGCAGCUAUCAGAACUGCUAUCCUCAUUGUGUUCAUUGGCAUCAUACACAGGUUCUGCAGAUGGCAUAUAAUGCAAAAAGUACAGGAAAAACUUGGUACUUUUGUUGCUCAGAGAGAAGACUUGCGUUUAGAGUUCAAUGAUGUGAUUGACUACAGCAUGACACCGGAAGAGUUUGAACAGCGGUGGGCAAAUAUGGUGGAAACACAUGGGGUUGCAGAUAACACACAUUUUCUUGACCUCUAUGAUUUGCGUGAGUAUUUUGUGCCAGCAUAUUUCCGCCACCGGUUUUUCCCAUUCCUUCAAACUACAUCUAGAAGUGAAGGGUUUAAUGCUGUUCUUAAGCAGUAUGUUCAUCCACAUGAUAGCUGA